GAACCACAGAGGAAUGGAGAGGCUGAAACCAACCAGGAACUAACUCUAACACUGAAGCUCAUUCCCUCACCCUCCAGUAUGAAGGUCUCCGCAGUGCUUCUGAUCUUGCUGCUCACAGCAGCCACCUUCACCACCCAGCUGUUUGCUCAGCCAGUCGCAGUUUCCAUCCCAAUCACUUGCUGCUUUAAUGUGGUCAGUAGGAAGAUCCCCAUCCAGAAUCUGGUGAGCUACACAAGAAUCACCAACAGUGAAUGUCCCCGGAAAGCCGUGAUCUUUAAGACUAAACUGGCCAAAGAGGUUUGUGCUGACUCAGAGGAGAGAUGGGUCCAGAACUCCAUGAAACGCCUGGACCAAAAGUUCCAAACUUCAAAGUCUUCAAUCACACCUUGACUGGGAGACAGAGCCUGAGCAAAGCCCUAUUUAUUUUUCCCCAAACUUCUCCAGGUGCAGCAUGAUAUUAUUUUAUGAUAAUGUCUAGAAGGAGAUAUUUUAUUCAAUAAUUUAAAGCAUAAUAUUUCUUAAUAAAUAAUAAUAUUUAAGUUAUUGAUGUUUUGAAUUUAUCUUCCAUAAAUCCUGAUGUAUAUCAUUAAAUACAAAACCCUGAGUGACAUGCUUUCCUUUCUGUGAGCUCAGUUAAGUUCAUGACAGAAUGUUAUUGUUCUGCUUCUUACCUGUCUUUGAGUCCUUCCAUGGACCAUCAGUGUGAAGCACUUCUGUAUUUUUAGGAAAUCAGUGCUUCUGUGAGUCACAUGUGCAAUUUCUCAUGUUACUGUUGAAAUUAAUGUUAUUAUAUGACAAUGGAAUUUUCAAAGAAAAUAUAUAUAUGUAAUUUUUAACUACGCAGUCUUUUUUUUCAUGGAGUAAUAUUUAGCUAGGAGGAAGAAAAUGGCAGAAGUGGGUGAUUGGGCUGUGUUCAUCACGUAACUAGGAGAAUAGUCACAUAGAGGGGGAUUGCAUCAAUAAGUAAAUGUAUUAAAGAUAAUGGAGGCCAAGUCUCUCACUCUUGGAGAAGAUUCCUUAUAAAAAUAUGCAAGUUGGAAGGCUAGAAAAAACUCUGUGGUGUUGGACUGGAAUAGGAGAUAAUUGGUGUGAAUUCCUGGUUUAAAGAUAGGUAGGUAGACUGGUAGAUAGAAAGAAACACACACAUAAGUUAUACCCACUGAAAGUCUAGUAACAAUGACACACCAGUAUCAAUGUGUGCAGAAAGUGCCUAAACUUCCUUUCUAAAUGCCAAUCUCCACUAAAAAAGAAGGGCUCUUUGGAUAAAUAGCUGACUCCGGGCUGGAAUAGAGUGCUGUGCCAGAGAGUAAGGUGUGCUCAGAGAAUGAUGGGCAUAAGUCAAAAGGACACAGGAGCAAAUUUGAAGGCAGUUCCACUAGCCAUAUCUGGGAUAAUUUCAUCAUCAAAAUAAGUACAUAUUUUUUUAAAUGUCAGCAAUGAAUUUUAACACUUUGAGUAAAAUCAAAGAAGGAAAAGUGCUAACUUACAGUACAAUGCUAACCAAAAAAAUACGGAAAGAAAGAUGGAGUUAGAAGAUCACUAUUUUAACACUUUGAGUAAAAUCAAAGAAGGGAAAGUUCUAACUUACAGUGAAAUGGUAACAAAAAAAAUAUAGAAAAAUGAUGGAGUUAGAAGAUCACUAGCAACCAUCAGAGUAAAAAUUUGUUCAGGCAAGAAUUAUCUACAAAUGCUAAAACUAGUGGGUGAAAAGUUGAUUAUAUAAAUGUUGGAGAGGCUGCGGAGAGAUUGGAACUCUUAUACACUGCUGGUGGGAAUGUAAAAUGGUACAACCACUUUGGAAAUCUCUCUGGCAUUAUCUUAAACAGUUAGAAAUAGAACUACCAUACAGCCCAGAAAUCCCACUCCUCGGAAUAUACCCUAGAGAAAUAAGAGCCUUUACACGAACAGAUAUAUGCACACCCAUGUUUAUCGCAGCUCUGUUUACAAUAGCAAAAAGCUGAAAGCAAUCAAGGUGUCCAUCAACAGAUGAAUGGUUAAAUAAAUUGUGGUAUAUUCACAUAAUGGAAUACUACGUAUCGAUAAAGAACAGUGACGAAUCUGUGAAACAUUUCAUAACAUGGAGGAACCUGGAAGGCAUUAUGCUGAGCGAAAUGAGUCAGAGGCAAAAGGACAAAUAUUGU